AUGGAUCCGAGGAUGGACGCUGACCAUUUGGCCGUGCAGGCAAUAUUUCCGUAUCUGGCCGGCGGAUCAGCAAUUUGCUGUGUUCUAAAUAUUGCUAUUAUCACCGUGAUCGCGAAGAAUGACUCGUUACGAGGCAAUUUUUACAAGAUCUCGGUGGUGCAGACAAUCAUGGAACUCCUCUGGGCGCUCGUCUUCUUCGUCCUAAUCCUUCCUUCACAAAUCGGCUACUACGCCAUCACAUUCGAGCAGAGUGACUUUCUCACGGCAAUCGCCCAACCAGUACGGAUGCUCCUCUUUACUGCAGCAAUCCUUACCACAAUUGAGAGGGUUACGAUCGCCCAUGCGCCGGAAGUUGGCUGGACUCUGUUUCGACGUGGGCUAAUCCUAGCCCUCAUCUUUGUCAUUCCCACGUUUCUUGUCGCCAUCAUCUUUCGAGAUAGAGACGAGUGGACGUCGAGAGUGGAUUUUACAGAAUGCGAUACUACGAUCGACUGCGUACUCGAGUUCAUCCUGGAAGGAGCCCUGUUUGCCCUGACCAUCGCUGCCGUCAUCUCGUUUGUAUUGACAAUGAUUGGAGCGAUAAAGAGUGGCAGCAAGGAGGAAAAACACGCCCACGCCAUUGCCACCACCAUCGUGAUCAUCGACUACGUGCCACUACUAUGUGAAUCUGUGCGGAGUGUUAUUGCCUUUCGAUUGCAUCGAGUGUUCGAUUUUCGAUUGGACAAUAGCUUGUUUAUUGCCAGUGUGAUCACCCUAACCCUGAGCUCCUGCCUCCGCCCCUUGCUGCUCGCCAUCUGCGAUCCGCAGAUCCGGGCCCUACUUUUUGCUCAUCUCUGCAAUCAGUGCAGAACAUCGUCAGCCACUAGUCACCAAGCUGAUGCUCCGUCGAACGCUAGUCACGGAGCUCAUCACGGAGGCGCUUCGGUGAAGACAAACGCUGUUGGCGAGGUGCAGAAAGCGCCGAGGCGCCUCACCCCAGUGCGCCGA